CUUUGGACCAAUAUAGAAAAACGUAAAAUAUACACUCUUAUAUAAUAGAUGGCUACAAAACAGCAACUCAAAGAGGAGGCAACAAGAAUCCUACAAGACCAUGUUAAUGAGAAAACAUCACAACUCUUGCUUCUACAGUCAGAAAAAUCUCAACAGGAAAAACAAUUCUUUGAUCAGCUUGAAAAAAAACUGAAGGAGAAAUCCACUGGACAGGAAAAUGCAAAGGACAAUGGAGCACGAAGAAGAAGGUCUGGUUUGGCCAAUAUUACACAAUUGCAGGAAAUGGCUAAACUCCAUCAGAAUCAACCAUAUGAUGAGUCAUUAGAAGUACCUGAUUCAGAGGAAGUUGCAAGUAAUUAUACACCCAGCCCUAGGGCACCCAUUGGAGGGGGAAGAAGUAGAGGAAACACACCCCCAGAUUCCAGGAUGGAUGACGAAUUUGAUGAAGAGUUUGAGCCCCAGGCUCCUCCAGCCCAACAGGCUCCACUGCAGGCCAAACCUCCAAAGCAACCUGCAGC